UCGAAAGCUAUAUCCGAGGCAUACACAACAUCACAAUGUCGUUUUUGAGAGAUUUGAUAGAAUUUGCACUUCCUGUUGCUUACGCCGACGAACCAAAGGAAGAUGAAGUAGUUGAAGUAUCUGAAGAAACCACUCCUGAAGCCGAAGAAGAAGAAGCUGAAGCUGAAGAAGAAGAAGAAGAGGAAGAAGAAGAAGAAGACGAAGAUGAAGAAGAUGAAGACGAAAUUGUUGACCCAAUGGACACCAUGCGUGAAGAAUGUCAAGAAACCGCUGCAUGUAAGCCAUACCUUCACCACAUGACCGAAUGUAUCGAAAGAGUUACCAAGGAACAAGAAGAAGAAGGAUACGAACACAAGGAAUACAAGGAAGACUGUGUUGAAGAAUUCUUCCACUUGCAACAUUGUAUCAACGACUGUGUUGCUCCAAAGUUGUUCCACAAGUUGAAGUAGAUUAGACAUAUACACCACACAAUGAUGGAUGCAUUGCCGUGCCCUUUGUCUCAUAAAAACAUACGUUGGGAUAAGGUGCAACUUUCUUCCCCGAAAACUAUCCAUGUACCCAAUGAAAUAUACUAAAAAAUUAAAUAUAUAAUCGAUUAUAAUCGAGCGAUAUA